ACCCAGCAUCUCAUUACUUUCUCAAUACAAUCUACUGAGGCUCAUUGUGUCCUGUAAGCUCCAGCAGUCAAGGUGUUUCUCAGUUUUUUGCUUUUUUUGAACAAAGGCAAGUAGCCAUGGCUGUGGCUAACUUCCAGUACAUCACCCGGAUGAGCAGUGGCUUCAAGGUCUACAUUUUAGAAGGUCAGCCCAAUCUCAGGAGUGAAGACAGACACAGACAUAUCGCAAAUGACCGGGCCCGCGCCCCAACAGUGCAUCCAGUCAAACGCAAGCACAGCUACGAGAGGGGUCUGACGUUGGAAGAAAGACGGGAGCGGGUACUGGGCAGAAGCAAUGCUAAAGCUGUCCACAGAGCAGCACCAGCACCAGUGAUGUUCAACAGGCCUCAAAGCCCCACAUCUACCUGGAGUCCAACACCCAGCCCCACCAGCUCUCUGCCAUCCCAUAUGUACUAUGAACCAAUCAUGGAUGAACCACUUGCCCUCAUCAAGAAACCAAGAAGAGACCCAGAAAACACAGAGGAAAAGACUAAAAGCUCUGCUCCCGCUCAAAUCCAGAUGCGCCCCUCUGUGAUCACUUGUGUCUCCUCAUCAAGAAACCCCUCCUGCAGAUCUGAGCUCCACCGGAGCCCCUCGUCAGGGAUUUCCAAAUACAGCUAUGACAAUGUUGUUGACGAGCAUUUCCAGAGGAGCCUCGGAGUGAACUACCCGAAAGCUCGCUCCCAGCAGCUCUCCAUCAGCGUGUCUGUGGAUGACCACUUUGCCAAGGCUUUGGGAGACAAGUGGCUGCAGAUUAAAACCAAGUCUUCCUCCUGCUCUUCCACACCGCCCAGCAGUCCAAGUGUCACUCACUCCCCAGCCUACAGACACAGCUCGAAUCAGUCCCGCAAAGAGUCCACCAGCAGCUCAUCGCCGACUUCCAGCCAUUGGUCUAUUAAUUAAAGCCAGAAAUGACCUGUGAUAUGGGGAAAAAACUGUGACUUUAAACAUUUCACUGCGUGCAGCUCUGCUUGUUCAGCAAUGGAAAUGCCAACGCUAGUGUUGAGAGGGCGAGCUAACGGAUGCAGGAGUGCUCUCACUGUGUGUGUGUGCGAAUUUCAGACACAUUAAUGCAGAUGAAUGUAGCAAUAUUUGGGAUGUCUGUGUUUUGUUACAUUUCUAUCCUCUGCGUGUCGAUAGCAUCUGAAUACUUGAGAUACUGUAGAUGGUGAUGCGGGUUGAUUGAACAGUCCCCAAGUAAUCCUUAACAUUUCUUUCAUUUUGUGGCAGUCUUUUAAACGGUCUGAAGGCCACGAUUUUGAUGUAUUAUAUUUAUGUACUGAUAACAUUUGGGUUGCUUAUAGUCUACAUGACUAGCCUAUCUGCUGUAUAUUGUAAUGCCUAGCCGCUGUCCAAGAGAUUUAAAAAAAUACUAUGAAAUAAAAAAUCUCGAAAUUC